CAAGGGCUGCAAGGGCAGGAUCGCGAACACCCAUCUUUUAAGGAAUUGAUGGUUGCGCUAGCAUCUUUAAAGGCCAACAACAAUACAAAAACUAAAAAUAAACAAAGCCUUAUCAGCCAGAUUUAUCAGAAUGAAUGUUUAAUAAAUUGCCAUUCUUGAUACGCUUAACUAGGCGGCGUUGUCUUGACGAGCGGAUUCCACCCGAAUAUCCUCCUGGCCGUCCGACCCUCCGGCAUCAAGAUGGAGCUUUGCAGGCUCUGUAUUGACCUCUGCACGAACCCAAAGCAUUCGAAAUGGAUCUGCCCAUUACUUCUGCUAGCAGAAAGUGUUCUAUGUUCCCUUAUUGUUUGGAAAAUACCGUACACGGAGAUCGACUGGUCCACUUAUAUGCAACAAGUUUCGAUAUUUCUCUCCGGUGAACGUGAUUAUACGCUUAUCAAAGGUUCUACGGGACCCCUCGUCUACCCUGCGGGACAUGUCUACGCGUUCUCCCUUCUAUAUUCCGUGACAGAUGAAGGACGGGACAUCGCGUUUGCCCAAAUUAUAUUCGCCGGGCUAUAUAUUGUUGCGCUGGCUCUUGUCAUGGCAACUUACUGGUCGGCCGGUGCUCCGCCGUACAUAUAUCCACUUCUUGUGUUGUCAAAGCGCCUGCAUAGUAUCUUUAUGCUCAGGAUGUUUAAUGACGGGAUUGCGACGCUGCUCCUUUGGGCGACAAUAUACAUGCUCCAGAAGCGUCGAUGGUCCACUGCCGUUAUGCUGUGGUCAGCAGGAGUCAGUGUUAAAAUGACUCUCCUCCUAGUUGCUCCUGCGCUUGCGGUAAUUCUUACUUUAGCCGUCGGGUUUCCCAGUGCAUUAGGCUUAGGGAUACUAUCUUUGCUUGUACAGCUUCUCAUUGCAAUUCCUUUUUUGCAGAAGAGCCCUGUCGGAUACUUUGCAAGAGCCUUUGAGUUCACAAGGCAGUUUCUUUUCAAAUGGACCGUCAACUGGCGAUUUGUUGGCGAGGAAAUAUUCCUUUCUAGGUCAUUUUCAUUGACGCUAUUGGUUGUGCAUCUAUCUCUUUUAGCUCUUUUUCUUGGAUUCUCCUGGUUACACCCAUCACGGAAGUCUUUGACACAGAUUGCCAGAGAUAUACUGCAAGGGAAAAAUACACGAUACACCCUCACAACCAACUUCAUUACCAAAACUAUGUUGACUUCGCUGGUUAUAGGUUUCCUGUGCGCAAGAAGCCUGCACUACCAGUUCUUUUCGUACCUGGCAUGGGCUUCGCCAUUGUUGCUCUGGGAAUCAGGCCUUCGACCACUUUAUAUUUUCGCGUUAUGUCUAAUACAGGAAUAUGCUUGGAACGUAUAUCCAAGCACAUCCUUGAGUUCAAUGGCGGUUGUGAUGGCCCUUGCAUCUCAAGUCUUGGCUCCCGCUUUAAACUAAGACAAAAAUGCCAAAUGAGAAGCUUUCUUGUUCGCAAGGGGGGCAGAAGGGAGGGCGGGCGGACGGAUCGUACUCGAGAUCGAUCAAUCCUACAUAGAAGCUUGCUUAUCCUCAGGGAAUUCGAUAAGUUUUCAUCUUGCACUAUCCGCCUGUCACUCUUCAUCCGAGGCGUCCGAUGGCGGCAUUUUGCCCACAUUGGAGUCUUCGUCAUCGCUAUCCGGUUGGCGGGGAAACAUCGAAGCGCACUAACCAAAAAUCCGCUUUGCGCCAUGCCUUUUCGUCUCUCACAAUGUUUACUAUUUGCCCGGAGAGUUUGUUAUCCCUCUCUUCAAGUGCAUUCGUAUCAACGACGACAAAGGAUCC